AUGACCACCGUUAAAGGACACUGCCACUGUGGCCAGACAGAGUUCACUGUUAAGAUGGAGUCUCUCAGUCAUAUUCUCUGCCACUGCGAUGCUUGCAAAGUGAUUAACGGCAGUGAUUAUACCCUAAACCAGAUUGUCCCCAAGGAGAAUUUUGAACUCACAAAGGGCAACUUGGGCUCAUAUACAUAUGCCGGCGAUUCGGGAAACCCCGUACACUGCUUCUUCUGCCCCAAUUGCACAACCCACAUCUACCAUCACCAGACCGUUGCCGGACCUAAAUACGUCAUCCGAACCGCCUCAUUGGAAGGUGCCAAGGAGUGGCAAGUGGCUGCAGAGAUCUAUGCGAUGAAUAACAUCAAAUGGCAACCUACUAUUGCUGAGGCUGAUCAUGUCUUCCAGCUGACUCCGCCAUCGUAA